UAGGAGUAUUGAUGCCAGCGUCGGGUCGGAGAAGAAGCAGAAGAAGGGAAGAUGGCGAGAGGCGGCCGGAACCUGCGGAGAGUAGCGGAGUGUUUCAGGCGGUUACCGACCUCCGCCAGCAGGGACACACCGAGCAGGAGCACCGUCAGGUACCUGUCAUCCUGUGGGAUCCUGAUGACCCGGGGUCCUCCAGUGCUCGGUGCUGCCAUGUCGGGUCGGUCUGUGGUCCUACCGGCUCGGAGCUUCUUCAACCUGGCCGACUCCUUCUCCAAGAGGAAGGAGUACUCAGAGAGACGCAUCAUCGGGUAUUCCAUGCAGGAGAUCUACGAUGUGGUGGCCAGCGUGGAGAACUACCGGCUCUUCGUUCCCUGGUGUAAGAAGUCUGACGUGGUCUUUAGAAGAUCUGGAUUCUGCAAGGCCAAGCUGACCGUGGGCUUCCCCCCGGUGGUGGAGAACUACACCUCCCUGGUCACCACGGUGCGCCCCCACAUGGUCAAGGCUUCCUGUUCAGAGGGGAAGCUCUUCAACCACCUGGAGACUGUGUGGCGUUUCAGCCCUGGACUUCCUGGCUACCCUCGGACCUGCACCGUGGACUUCGCUAUCUCCUUCGAGUUCCGCUCCCUCCUCCACUCCCAGCUGGCUCACGUCUUCUUCGAUGAGGUGGUCAAGCAGAUGGUGUCGGCGUUCGAGCGCCAGGCCUCCAAGGUCCACGGAGCCGAGACGGCCAUCCCCCGAGAGCUGAUGUUCCACGAAGUCCACCACACGUAGCGACGGGCUAACGACGCUAACAACGCUAAGGAGAACAGACUAACACGUUCAGUGCCUUCCUCACUACCAUCACCAUGUUCUACCCUCUGGUUCCUCUGGUUCUCCACCAGAACCUCAGGCUGAAACCAGCAGACAUUUCUAGAACAUCUGCGGUUCUCCAGCAGAACAUUUAUCUCCAGCUAUCAUGUUCAGGUUUGAUCAAAGAGGCAGCAGAGCCUCCUGGAACCAGAGAACCUUCUACAAAUGACAGCACCUCCCAACAAACCAAACCUUCUGCUGGAUCGUCUCCUGGACACUUCAACCUGGAGGUCCUUUAAUAUUAAAGAAACAUUUCUGGUUCCAGCUUCUCCAACGUCAGGAUUCACUGCUUCUCUGAUCAAAUCUGACUGAAACUGAACAUUUGAGGGUUUGGAACUAAAUCUAGACGUUCCACAGAGAGAACAGGACACAGAUCUUCAUAGAGAACCUAAACUCAUCCCUGUGGUUCCACCAGAUCAGGAUGUCAUCUGUUGACUCUGGAACAUUUGAUUUUAUUCUGGAGAAUUAAAAACUAGUUUAAAGGGAAACAGCUUCCUUUUUGGAGGCAGAGAAUCAGAACAAAACCUAAAAUAAAACAGUGUUAGCAGAGAGAACAAAGUGAGCAGAGAAGCUAAAGCAGAACCCACAGAACCUCUGGAAGGUUCUAGAGAACGCUAACAGGAUGUGACCUCAGCAGGAAGUAGUCAGAACCAAUCAGCUCCUGAAGCCUCAUCAUCGAUACGAAACUCAGCUUCAUGGUAAUUCUAAACAAGACGCUAGUUUCUGCUUCACUGCGUUAGCCACUACGUUAGCUAACCUAGCUAUGGCUAGCUGCUACAUCAGCCUGAACAGAUAUUAGUAAAACAUGAUGACAUUAGCUAACCUAGCUACGGCUAGCUGCUACAUCAGCCUGAACAGAUAUUAGUAAAAUGUGAUGAUGUUAGCUAACCUAGCUACAGUUAGCUGCUACGUCACCCUGAACAAAUAUUAGUAAAACAUGAUGACGUUAGCUAGCCUAGCUACAGUUAGCUGCUACAUCAGCCUGAACAGGAUGUUAGUAAAUCAUGACGUUGUUUCCUACUUUAGCCAAACCAGAUUAUAUCAACUUAAACAGAACAACCUCAGCCGCUAUGAUAAGCUUGUUUUAUGAUUCCUGGUGUAAACGAUGGAUAACUACUUCUACUCACUAGUUUAGUGGUAGAUGUGCGUUAGCAGUACACUGCCCCCUGCAGGUUGGGAGUAUAAAAGCCCCAUGUGUUCUCUCGUAGGGAUUCUGGGCGUCUCAUUUCCAUGCGUCACGUUCGCGUGGAAAGCAUAACCCAGGCUUUAGUCUGAACAAGCUAACAUUAGCUGCUUUUUUAGCGAGGACAAAAUAAUGCUAAUCAUCGCAUUAACCUGAAGAAGAUAAUGUUAGCUGCUACAUUAGCUUAAAUGUGAUAAUGCUAGCCACCAUGAUGGCCUAAAUAAGAAAAAGUUAGCAGCUACUUUAGCGUAAACAAGAUAACGUAUGCCGCCAUAUCAGCCUAAACUAGCUCAUGUUAGCCACUAGUGCUAGCUGUUAGUGUAAAUAAGAUCUUGUUAGUCGCUGUGUCAGAAAAAACAAGACAUUGUUAGCUGCUACAUUAGCCUAAACAAGCUAAUGCUAGACUGAACAUUGACCUGAAGCAUGUUGAUCUGUUCACAGUAAAAACAAGACGUUUAAUAGUUCAGAAAAUCAAACCCACAUGAAUAAAACAGCUCCAAACAAUAUAAAUCUGUUCUAUAAAAGCUCCAGACUUCCUUCCUGCUGGGUGGUUGUGAUAACAUGUUGAUCUAAAGCUAGCCGAGUCUGUAUUUAGCUGCUGUUUCCUGCUCUGAAUGCUGCAGAUGGUCCUACUAACUGUUCUGUAGAACACCAGAACAUGGAGUCUAACAUCCUCUCAGCAUACCAGGAGAACCAUGCUGGCUCUACAGAUCUACAGCUGAAGGUCUUUUAUUGUUCUACAUGUGCAAUAUCAGCACUAGUGUUAUUUACAGCAAGCUGUCUGUUGGAAUGUUUGUGAUUUUAGGGCCCAAACUGGCAGAAACUGGAGCUCACAUUCAUCAGACCGGUCAGUAGAAACAUCUCAGCAACUGGUUGGGUUCCAGCUGUCUGAUAAAUGUGAGCUCUACUCUCAUCUGUCAUGCUGAAGGUGCUUCAAUGACCUGAAACCUUCCUGUUUCCACCGAGUGCCUCCUGGCCACUGCCACACUAUUUAUCUUGACUUUUAAAGGAACAUUAUACUCUUAUAUUUAUUUCUUAGUUUGAGUGCAAACACUUUACCAGCCUCUAUGCAGAGUUUAUUCAUUCAGACCAACCUUCACCCUGUUGGGUUCAUAAACGGCGUCAUCGUCUGCAUAGAGGCGGAUUCUCUGCUCAAGUGUUGAGUGUAAAUAUCAGCUGUAAACUGCUUCUAGUGAGGGAAAGGGUUUGUGUGUUUUGUGGGACAUGGAAAAGGUUUGUUUGUGUGAGUGUCUUCAGAACGUUGUACCAACUGCAUGGUUUAUAAAAUAUUUUUUCUAAAAAACAAA